AUGAAUAUGAGCUUCACUUUCUCGGUGAAUUCGGUGGUGGAGAUGAGGCGAAGGACAGACGGCGAUGCUGGAGAUGAGGUUGAAGGAAGAACAAUGUGCUUCGCAUUUAUUUUGGCCGAUAUUGGCGCGCAGACCCCUUUUUUUUAUAUUUUAAGAGAAAGAGAAUUAAUAUAUGAUUUAUUCAAAGCUGCUACCGGUAUGAAAAUGAUGCAUAAUUAUUUUCGUAUUGGAGGAGUAGCCGCCGAUCUUCCUUAUGGAUGGAUAGAUAAAUUUUUAGGUUUUUGUGAUUAUUUUUUAAUAGGGCUUACUGAAUACCAAAAACUUAUUACGCGAAAUCCUAUUUCUUUAGAACGAGUUGAGAACGUCGGCAUUAUUGGUGGAGAAGAAGCAAUAAAUUGGGGUUUAUCAAGCCCAAUGCUACGUGCUUCCGGAAUACAAUGGGACCUGCGUAAAGUUGAUCAUUAUGAGUGUUACGACGAAUUUGAUUGGGAAGUCAAAUGGCAAAAAGAAGGAGAAACAUUAGCUUGUUAUUUAAUACGAAUCGGUGAAAUGGCCGAAUCUGUAAUUAUACAACAAGCUCUAAAAGGAAUUCCAGGGGGUCCCUAUGAGAAUUUAGAAAUCCGACGCUUUAAUAGAACAAAAUAUCCUGAAUGGAAUGAUAUUGAACAUCGAUUCAUUAGUAAAAAUCCAUCUCCUGCUUUUGAAUUGACGAAACAAGAGCUCUAUGUAAGAGUCGAAGCCCCCAAGGGAGAAUUAGGAAUAUUUUUGAUAGGAGAUCAGAGUGUUUUUCCUUGGAGAUGGAAAAUUCGUCCCCGUUUUAUCAAUUUGCAAAUUCUUCCUCAGUUAGUUAAAAAAAUAAAAUUGGCUGAUAUUAUGACGAUACUAUGUAGCAUAGAUAUCAUUAUGGGAGAAGUUUAUCGUUGA